AUGGCGCGGACCCCGGGGCCGGCUCCACUGUGCCCCGGAGGCGGCAAAGCACAACUUUCCUCCGCUUCUCCCCCCGGGGCCGGGCUCCUGCUGCCGCCCCCGACGCCGCCGCCGCCGCCGCCGCUGCUGCUCUUUCCGCUGCUGCUCUUUUCCUGGCUCUGUGGUGCCUUAGCUGGACCGAUUAUUGUGGAGCCACAGGUUACAGCAGUGUGGGGAAAGAAUGUUUCGUUGAAGUGCUUAAUUGAAGUAAAUGAAACUAUAACACAAAUUUCAUGGGAGAAGAUACAUGGCAAAAGUUCACAGACUGUUGCAGUUCAUCAUCCUCAACAUGGAUUCUCUGUCCAAGGAGAAUAUCAGGGAAGAGUCUUGUUUAAAAACUAUUCAAUUAAUGACGCAACAAUCACCCUGCAUAACAUAGGGUUCUCUGAUUCGGGAAAGUACGUAUGCAAAGCUGUCACAUUCCCGCUGGGAAACGCUGAGUCCUCUACAACUGUGACUGUGCUAGUUGAACCUACUGUGAGCCUGAUAAAAGGGCCAGAUUCUUUAAUUGAUGGAGGAAAUGAAACAGUAGCAGCCAUUUGUAUCGCAGCCACUGGAAAACCAGUUGCACAUAUUGAUUGGGAAGGUGAUCUUGGAGAAAUGGAAUCCACCACAACUUCUUUUCCAAAUGAAACAGCAACAAUUGUCAGCCAAUACAAGCUUUUUCCUACCAGAUUUGCCAAAGGAAGGAGAAUUACUUGCGUUGUAAAACAUCCAGCCUUGGAAAAGGACAUCCGAUAUUCCGUCAUAUUAGAUAUACAGUAUGCUCCUGAGGUUUCAGUAACAGGCUAUGAUGGAAACUGGUUCGUAGGAAGAAAAGGUGUUAAUCUCAAAUGUAAUGCUGAUGCAAAUCCACCACCCUUCAAAUCUGUGUGGAGCAGGUUAGAUGGACAGUGGCCUGAUGGUUUAUUGGCUUCAGACAAUACUCUUCAUUUUGUCCAUCCACUGACUUUCAAUUAUUCUGGUGUUUAUGUCUGUAAAGUGACCAAUUCGCUUGGCCAAAGAAGUGAUCAAAAGGUCAUCUAUAUUUCAGAUGUUCCAUUUAAGCAGACCUCUUCUAUAGCCGUAGCUGGAGCUGUAAUUGGAGCUGUCCUUGCCCUCUUCAUCAUUGCCAUCUUCCUGACUGUGCUGUUGACUCCUCGAAAAAAGAGACCAGCCUACCUCGACAAAGUGAUCGACCUUCCACCCACACAUAAACCACCUCCUAUGUAUGAAGAACAAUCUCCCCCUUUGCCUCAGAAAGACCUUCUAUAUCAAACUGAACACUUGCCUCUGCAGACUCAGUUCAGAGAAAGAGAGACUGGAAGUGUCCAGCGCCCUAAUGGACUGAACAGCAGGAGAUUCGACUGUGAAGAUGAGAAUUCAGUAGGGGAGGACGGGACUCGGCAGAUAUACCCCCUGUAUGAUCAGAUGCGCUACCCAGACGGGAGCCCUGGCAGACACCAUCCAUGUAGCGACCUGGAGGGCGUCUACAUCAACCCGCGAGAGCAUUACGUGUGA